UGUCUUCUUUCUCAGGUUCCCUCCUUUUUUCCUGAGAUUACAGGUAGUCCUUGAGUUGCAAUGGUAAUUGGGAUUGGGACUGCUAUCGCUAAGCAAUGUUUCAACCACAUCGCUUAACACCAACAAUCCCAGAAUUCCAGUUGCUGUCAUAUUCUCUAGAUAUAGGGUCAUUAAAUAAGAAGUGGUAAGGAACAUGGGGUGAAGGUGGGGGAGGCCCUGGGAGGCCUGGAAUGAGGGAGACCUGAUGAGAUUUUGUAAGACUGAGUACAGGAUGUGGGUGAGUUUAGGAAGCUUGGGAGGCUGAGCACAGGUUACACAAGAGUUGGGGGAAGGCCAGGGAAGGUUUUGGGAAGUCUAGUGCAGGUUGUGUGUAACUUGAGGGAGGACAGGGGAGGCUGCGUGCGGGUGAGUAGGAUGCAGCAGGCAGAAGUGAAUGAGUUGUGAUCUUCCCUGCCAGCUUCCCCAUUGACUUGUAGGAAGGCAAGGGAAGGUUACAAAUAGUGGUCACAUGACCAUAGAGAUGCUGUGAAAGAUAGAACUUCAAGGAUUAGUUGUAAGUCCAUUCUUUUCAAUGCCGCCAUAACUUUGAAUGGUUGCUUACUUAAACUGAGGACUACUCCUAACUUUUGUUGCUCUAGCAAUUUGUAAAUUUAUUUAUUUAUUUAUUGUCAUAUUUAUAUGCCGCCCUUCUUUCAAGGGAUUCGGGGCGGCUCACAAAAUAAACAACCCAACAAUAAAUAGAAUUAAAAUGUUAAAAUCCAAUUUAAAAACCCCAAAUCCCCCAAAUUAAAAUGCACGGCAGAUCAGGGAAUUUGCUGAAAGAGCCAUGUCUUUAGGUCGGCGCAGAAGAUGCGGAGGUCGGGGGCCGUCCGGAGCCCAGUGGGUAAACCAUUCCAGAGGGUCGGUGCGACCACAGAGAACUCCCUCAUCCUGGGGGCGUCAGCCGACACUGUCUGGCCUAUGGGACCCGGAGGAGGCCAGUCCUAUGUGAGCGCACUGGGCGGUGGGAGGCCGGUAGGAGGUAGUCCUGCAAGUACCCCAGGCCCAUGCCAUGAAGGGCUUUAUAGGUGCCAAAGUCAUCCUUGCUUGCAGAGAUAUGGUAAAAGCAGAAAAGGCAGCCCAUGAAAUCCGGAUCAAGACGGGAAACCAAGAGGUUACAGCAAAAAAAUUAGACUUGGCAGACACCAAAUCUAUCAGAGAAUUUGCCAGUAAUUUCUUGAAAGAGGAGAAACAACUCAACAUACUCAUCAACAAUGCAGGAGUUAUGAUGUGCCCCUAUUCAAAGACAGCUGAUGGUUUUGAGAUGCAUUUUGGAGUCAACCAUCUUGGCCAUUUUCUUUUAACAUUCCUGCUAAUAGAGUGCCUGAAACAAAGCGCACCGGCUCGUAUUAUAAAUGUGUCUUCAUUGGCUCAUCAUAUGGGGAGGAUUCACUUCCAGAAUCUCCAGGGUGAAAAGUUCUACUUUCGGGGCCUGGCAUACAGUCAUAGCAAGCUGGCCAACAUUCUUUUUUCACGGGAAUUGGCUAGGCAUCUGCAAGGUACUGGCAUCACUGUAAAUGCUCUGCAUCCAGGUACAGUUUUGUCUGAACUUGUUCGUCAUUCCUUUACACUAAAAGUUUUGUGGAACACAUUUGCUAUCUUCUUGAAGACACCUUGGCAAGGAGCUCAGACUAGCAUAUAUUGUGCGGUGUCAGAGGAGUUGGAGACAGUCACUGGAAAAUAUUUCAGUGAUUGUAAACCAGCAUAUGUGUCAUCUCAAGGACGUAAUGAUGAAACAGCAAAGAAGCUUUGGAAUGUUAGUUGUGAACUCCUUGGUAUCCAGUGGAAUUGACCUGCAAAGGCCAGCUACACCUGAAUUCCAUAUUUUGUAUAUGAGACUGGGAAAGUAUUACUUUCAUGGAAUUUUCAUAGAUCGAGUUGAUAGGUCACGUUCAUUUUUAAUAAAAAUGUUCAUCUCAGCUUUUCCAUUAAAAUAGAAGGUCAAGCAAU